GAGCAGCCCUGGUGCCUAUAGGGCACUCACGCUCUGUACCCCAGGUGUCACCCAGCCCUGUUCCCUGAUCCCGGCUCUUCUGAGGCACCGGCACGGCUGAGCAGCCAUUCGGUGGAUGCGUCAUCCCUCCUCUCCUUUCUCCCCCAGUUGCUUCUGAAGCACCUCCUGUAUACCCCAAAAGGGUGAACAUCUUCCUCACUGCCAUCGAGAGCAUGACAGUUCGGAGCCUCCACAGCAUGAAGCUGGCUUCCCACAUGGUGCAUGUGCUCGCAGCAGAGGCUCAAUUCCCUCCACGCAGGUGCGCAAGAUCGUGAAGAUGAUCUACAGCAGCCUGCCUUCCAUCACAGCCCAGCCAGCCCUCAGAAGCCUGGGCAGGGCCCUGCUUGUGCUGACCAGCAAAUACCCAACGGCCGGUGCUGGGGCUCCCGAGGUGACUCGCUCCCUUCUCCACCUGCAGGUCCGCGGUGCAGGCCUUGAAGGUGUUGCUCUGCAGCGUGGGCCUCCAGAGGCAGAUGGAGGCCAUUCAGGAGCAGGGUGGCUGGGACGCGCUUCUCUGCGCCGUGACCCACCUGCAGGGUGUGCAGGUUUUGGCCAGGGUGAUGAGGGAACUGCCUGGUGCUCUGUGUGACCUCAUCUUCCACCAGUUGGUUGAGCUGCUCAGCACCAGCUUCUACUCCUGGGAGAUGGUGGCCAUGGUCUUCCUCGUUGAGAUGCUGGGAGAAUGGAUGUCAACAGAGAGCUGCACUGCAUCGUGGGAAUCUUUACCACCUAUCUGCAGAGCCAGAGCAUGGGCAUGCAGCAGCUGGUGCUCAGGGGCAUCUUGCAUCUCAGCAAAAGGCAGGACAUGGCAAGGAUAAUGCCGUUAUUCGUGCCGUGCAUCAUGGACCAGCUGCAGGACGCAGACAGCGAUGCCCAUGCUGUGGCCCUGCCAAUCUUCAGUAACCUGCUGCAGGUCCUGGAUAGGGUCAGCUCAGCUUCAUGGCUCUGGAGCUGGCCAGCAAACUGCCAACGCUCUUCAGUGAUGAGUCCAGCACGGUGCGGCAACUCUCCAUAGACCUCUUCCUCAAAAUGCUGAGCUUUGUGGAGGGCCAAGAAAAGAGGACAAGGAGGAAGGAGGUGUCCAGGAGCCUGGUCCUGCUGUAUUUGCACCUGCACGAUGAAGAAGAGAGUGUGGUCGAGGCCUCCCGGAACACCUUCCUUAGUGCCGCACAAUUCCUGCACUGGAGGCAGCUGGAGCACCUGGUGCAGAUGGCGCAGUUCCAGCAGAUCGGCGAGUGCCUGCUGGCCAAGAGGAAGAAGUGUGCAGCCCAGGACUUCCUGAGCCAGAGUCUGCUCUACCUACGGAGCCCCCAGGAGGCCCUGCGGCGGGAGGCCGUGAGGUUCAUCGGGCUCUUAGGGCAGCACCUGACAGAUCAGCAGCAGACAGAGAGACAGGACAUCUACUAUGGCCUUCAGGGAGCGCAGCAAGACCCCAGUCCGUCUGUCUCUUCGCUGGCCCUUCAGACUCUGAAGAUCCUGAAGGAAAUGAGGCCACGUCCAGCACAUGGACACUUUGGGCAGCUCGUCUCCAGGCUCCGCAGCACAUGGAGGAGGUGGCACUCCGACCGGGCAGACAGCUGAGCGCCCUGCAAAGCUCCUGGCAUCUCCACCUGCCUGCUGCUCAGCUCCGCUCCUCGGGCACAUCCCUUCCCUUUGCCAUGCCUGCCCUUUUGGGCACUCUCUCUCUCAUUUAUUUGGUUUCUUAGCUUCAAUCCCCAUUAACUUCUAUUUCUUCUAUUAUAAUUAAUAAAUUAAAUUUCCUAUCCCAGUUGUUGCUGCUCUUUGGUUGUUUUUUUUUUCAUUCCUUUCCCUCUUUGUUCCCUUUCUCUCCCCAUCAGAAUCAAACAGAAUCCAAACUUUUUAACAUUAGCAAUAAAGGGAUUUCUUAAACACAUACAUCAAUACAUUGAUUCUACAUUCUGGCUUCUGUUGUUUAUAAUCCAUCCAAUGGGCCUGUGUCUGAGUGCUGGCUGCAGGUGAGGGCCCUUC